AUGGAUUGUAGUCUUCGUACGAAACUCUCGAGCUUCUUAAAAAUAUUCAUCCUGAUCAUCAUCCAGUUCGGAGCUUGUUAUGGGACUUUCAAGUGCAACGAUCAUGGCGGCAAGCACCAUGGGAAAUAUCAGGCUCUGUGUAUGAGACAUAUGAGGGAUGAGUGGCCAGAUUAUCCAGACUUGGUGCGGUCGAAAUUUAACGGCUACCGACGAGCACAGUAUUAUAUGUUGCGUGAUGGGAACUUGUGUGAGCCUUUUCUGCAGUCACCCAUCGCCAUCCUCUUUAUCUCGACUUCACUAAUAGUUGCAAUUAUGUAUAUUGUCUAUAUUUCGGACUUCCGUCCACGCCUCUUUAGUGGCGCUUGCAUUGGAAAAAGACAAUGUCUAUACCUGCGAGAACAGAUCGAUUUGGGGGCAUCCGACCGAGAAGAGGUAUGCCGUUACUGUCUUGAAGCAACCAGACGUUGA